GUAUACAAUAGUGUAGUCACAGGGAGCUGCAGUGGCCCGACCUUAGCACCAACCGAGUCGGCGACCUACAUUUUAGAGAUGCGGUUAAAUGUUACACGCGGGUGCAAAGAAGUUUGUCAAUCCUCCACGCUGCGCGUUGACGACAGGUCCUGGAGCUAACUCUCGUUCUAUCGGAGGCGUCGGUUCAGCCCACUGCAACAGCAACACCAAAAAAAAAACUUUUGCAAGGACUUUGUCCAGAGUUGAAAUUCACGCCAAAUUUGUCAAAAUGGAGAUCGACGAAGGAGCGGCGGCAGCGGGCGACGGCGUCCUGGAUUUCUCCCGUUUGAGUCUGAACACGUUCAGCCCCGACAGUAUCAGCGGCGAGAGGAAGAGGGACACCCGGCAGCUCUACCUGAACUACAACCGGCUGACCGCGCUGCCCUCGUCCGUCUGCGACUUCGGCAACCUCGAGUUUCUGGACAUCAGCAACAACGGACUGUCGGCCAUCUGCGAGGGCGUAGCGCGGCUGGCCAGGCUCAGAACGCUCAUCGCCAAGAACAACCGCCUGGACGAGUUCUCGCUGCCCAAGGAGUUCGGCUCCCUGCGGCUGGAGGUGCUCAACUUCAGCGGGAACCGAUUCGAGGAGAUCCCGCUGCAGUGCAUGAAGCUGCUGCGGCUGCAUUCGCUGUCGCUCGGUGGCAACCGACUGAAGAGCAUACCUGCGGAGAUAGAGAACCUGACCAGUCUGGAGCUGUUGUAUCUGGGUGGAAACCUCAUCUCAGCCAUUCCCCCCGAAGUGGCUAACCUGCCUUACCUCAGCUACCUGGUCCUAUGUGACAACCGCAUCCAAAGUGUCCCCCCACAACUCACCAGGCUCCACUCGCUGCGAUCUUUAAGCCUCCACAACAACUUGCUCACUUACCUGCCGCGGGAGAUCCUCUGCCUGGUGCACCUGCAGGAGCUCAGCCUCCGAGGCAACCCGCUGGUGGUGCGCUUUGUCAAGGAGAUGACCUACGACCCCCCCUCGCUGCUAGAAUUGGCGGGGCGUACAGUUAAGAGCCGAAAUAUCCCCUACUCCCCCUGUGACAUGCCCUCGAAUUUGCUGCGAUACCUUGACCUGGCCAGCAAGUGCCCCAACCCCAAGUGUGCGGGCGUCUACUUUGAUUCAUGUGUGCGCCAGAUCAAAUUUGUGGACUUCUGUGGGAAGUACCGGCUGCCGCUCAUGCACUACCUGUGCUCACCAGAGUGCACGUCCCCCUGCAGCUCCAAUCCCCAGAGCGACGCCGACUCGGAGGACGAGAGCAGCGUGCCCGCCUACCGCCUGCAGAGGGUGCUUCUGGGAUAGCACGACACGGAGGAAACUCCCACCCUUUGACCGAGCCCAGCCUUUUUUUUUUUUGUCACUGUGUUCAGCAUUUAUACAGAUGCGACCUUGGCUGUCAGACUUUGCUUCACAUAGACGCACAUUCUCCUCUACAAUAUACACACACACAUUCGUGCAGUUUAAUCUGAUGGAAUUUAGACCUCUAAACUUUUUCCACAUUUUGUUAUGAUGCAGCCUUAUGCUUAUUCAAAAAAAUUCAUCUCAAUGCCCUGCAGUGAUAAAGUGAAAACAGUUUGGGGUAUCACGUCACAUCAACAAUAUUUGUGGACAUUUUUACCACUGUUUUUGUCUUUGUUACACCCCUACUGAACAGUUUCCCUGAUUUUGCCACUGAAUAUCAGCCACAACCAUGCUUCACUGUUGGAAUGGUGGUGGGUAGGUAAUGAGCAGAGCGUGGUUUCCGCCCUUCUUCGCUGAUUACUCUAGGAAGAGUCCUGCUUGACUGUAACAGAAAUCUUUUGUUGCUUUCCUUGACACAAUCCUGGCUCUGAGCUCGGCAGGCAGUUCCUUCGAUCUCUUGGUUUAUACUCUGAUAUGCAUCGUCAGCUGUGAGACCUUAUAUACACAGACGUGUCUUUCCAAAUAAUCUCCAAUCGAUUUGAAUUUACCAAAAGUGGACUUAGAUCAAGGUGUCAAAACAUCUCCGAGAUGAUCAUGAAAAAAUGGCACCUGAGCUAAAUUUUCAAGAAUGUUAAGCAUAAGGCUGCAACAUAACAAAAUGUGGAAAAAAGUGAAGUGGUCUGAAUCCUUUCUGGAUGAACUGUACAUUGUUUUACAAAUAGUCACUACAUGUGAAUGAUCCUUACUACUGUGGCCAUGAAAACACAUGAACUCCAUUUCGAUGAAAAUGUAUCGAAAGACGGUUGUUCCCUCUCAUCACAUCUCUCCACAUAACACGAGUGAAGGAAUUAUUUCCCAGUAAAACACUUGAGACUCUGUCGAAGUGCCGGUCUCAUGGUGGAGCAUAGGAGGGCAGUAAAGCUCACUGUGAAUACUGAAGUAGCGGCAGGGUUCUUUUUCUUUCCAGGGAAGUAUACUUUGUCUUUAACACAACACUUGGUGCUUCUUUUGCGGGGGGUAACGAUUAGGCACAUUAGUCUGUAUUAUCUGAAAGUUCGCAUAUGAACAAAGUGGUUUUUGUCCCAACUACUGGAAACACAUGGCAAGUUUUGGUUCUUCUUUGAUCAAGUGAACAUCAAAGCUGCUAUACCAACUAUGAAGAAAAAAAAGAAAGUCUGCGGACUUUUUAAUUAUGUCAACAGAAACGAUAACUAGUUUUACAAUACUGCACUCUGAACAGAAUGAGGACAAUAUGUGUGAUGACCUUAUUUACACUGUGUGGUGUAAUUAGGCUGUCCCUACAUAAUUUGAAAAAGAUCAAGGUUUAGUUUUUUGCCAGCACAGUGGCCACACCGCUGCACACCAACCUUGAACAUUUUUUUUGACAUGGUGGCAUAGUUGUUAUAAAUUAACCCUGAAUAAGGGUUAUGUGUGUAUGUGAAGGAAUGCUUGUCCAGGCUUACUCACAGGAAAUGGAUGUGGGGCGGAACCAGGGAAACUGUUCACUGUGUUAGCGCAGAAACAAUAGCUAUUCAGCAAAAACACAGUGGCAGCCUUCAUGUUUAUGUUCAGGGCUGUAGGUUUUCUCCGGGGCAUAAACGUACACUGAUGUACCGAUGUGAGCGAAAGACGCCUACAGUCAGAAGUUGUUGUUAUUUUUUAUUUUAAGGCAGAAACCUGUCUUCAUCUCUAAACGGAGCUGAUGGUUGUUUCUGAUCCUCGUUACAUCACGGCUUUGUCCUUCAGCAUGUGUGGAAGGCUGGGAUUUUUUUUUUUCGGCCUGCUGGACUGUUAAGUGUCCAUUAACUAGGAGGAAAAAAAAGAACUGCCCCUCUAUGUUACAGUAGAAUCUAUACACAAGCAUUAAAGUGCCUUUACUAAUGGUGACUUCUAACACGGUGAAACGGAGUAUGAAGAAAUGUGAUAUAUGCACCCUGAAAUGUGACAAUUUUUGUGCAUGAUAAAGUCCUUUAUAAGUGAUUUUAUACUCUUCAGCUUAAAGGUGCAGUAAGCGAUUAUAAUCCAACACUUUUGUAAAAUUCAGAAAAUCUUCAGACAAUCUUUCUCGAAAAAAAAUCGCCUACUGCCCCUUUAACCAUAACACAGAAAGUAACUUUUUAUAACAAAAUGAACUUCUUUUAUACAAAUCCCUUUUCUAAUGUUAAACACAUAUUUAAAUGUCCUGCAGAAUGCAUAGCACUUAAACAGAAUAUAUAUUGAUAUAUAUAUUAAUUAUAUAUACUUUUACCCCAUUCAGAUAUUGUUUGUAGACUGUACAGAAUAUAUAACAUUAAUAAAGACUGAUUGUAAUGUCGUUAAAA